AUUCCGAAUCUCUGGAGCACAAGACUGUUGCACGUGUGGACGCUGUAGUGUACGCUGGCCACAGUCAGGUCCGUAGCUCGUGUUAGGAACUUCUGGAACAUUUUCAUUUCUCCUUUUCAUUCCCUUACUACUCAUCAUGUCGGAAUCUUACAUAAAGAUUCUUGAUAACUACAAUGGCUAUUCCUUGUCCAACUUCUGUGUGCCCAAGCAUUAUGAAGAUGACUUGGAGGAUAUCAUGAUUCCUUGGGGACUCAUCCAGGACAGAACAGAAAGACUGGCUCGGGAUAUUUUUCAGGAUGUAAAAGACGAGCCCCUAACAGCUCUCUGCGUCCUUAAAGGUGGAUACCGCUUCUUCACAGAUUUACUGGACAAACUAACGACUCUGAAUCGUUCCCAGGGCUCUGUGUCUGUGCCACUCUAUGUUGACUUCAUUAGACUAAAGAGUUAUGAGAAUGCAGAUUCUACUGGUAAUAUACUGGUUGGGGGGGACAACAUGGUCAAUCUGACUGGGCGCAAUGUGCUGGUAGUUGAAGACAUCAUUGAUACAGGACGCACGAUGCAAAAACUUUUGGCCAUCCUCGAGAAUCAUCAACCAAAGUCUGUCAAAGUAGCUUCUUUGUUAGUUAAGAGGCGGCCAAACUCUACUGGAUAUAGACCAAACUACUGUGGUUUUGAAAUUCCAGACAAGUUUGUGGUGGGUUACGCUCUGGACUACAAUGAGUACUUUAGAGAUCUUAAUCACAUCUGUGUGAUCAACAACAAUGGUAAAGAGAAAUAUGCAGUUCCACAGGGAGCACACUAGUAAGUCUAGAGUGUUACCAUGUGACUUGAAGAUUCACUACGUUUAAAGUAAACAUGUUUACAUCUGAA